AUGCUGGCAGGAGGAGGAGUAGUAGGCACCGGGGGAUCCCAUCCAGUCGUAGCCAUUCCGGGUUUAAGGCGCAAAGAAGGUGGCAGGAUCUCCCCUGGAAUGUGUCCCUCCACAAGGUACUUUGGUGUACUUGAACCGAGUCUGGCAAGAGUCGAGGAUGGGGACCGAAAGACUGAAAUAGCAGCUAUCCAACCAUCUAGACUUACUAAAAGUCGACUGACCAUCCGGAUGGACCCUGGCUGGAUCCCCCUAAGAGCCUUAGCCCGACCGUAUUUUCUGGUACGUCCCAAACAACUUGAGCAACACCGUGACUGGUUGUCGUGGGGCCCAGCAAAACCAUACUUUCAGGUGUCCUUCUGCCCCGAACUAAGACUUUCUGACGCCACCCUGCAGGGCCAGUGGGAAGAGGCGGUUGAACUGUUGCUUGCUGCUGCUGCUGCUGCUUGCUUUUGGGGGGAGGGAUGCUCCCGCCCGUUGCCAUUGAGCACUGGUUCCUGGAGUCAUCCAUCACCUUCUCUUUUGAGCCCAUUAAUUCCGGGAAUUUUUCUCCCCUGUGCCCCUCCUCAUUGCCUCUUUCUCUCUCGCGCUCUCUCCCCUGUGACCUUCCGCCAGGCUCCAUCGAUCGCAUCCAUCGGGUGGCGCCAAAUCCUCCCUCCCCUCCUCUCCAUCUUUCGGGCUUGCGUGGUGCUUUACCUGUUCCGUUCCGUUCCUUCAGUUCAUCUGCCUGGCCAGUAA